AUGGCAAAGGUUUAUCCUGAGAGUGAGACCAUAAUUCCAGUUGUAAACACUAAGAAUCCUAUCGUCUUGACGGUGUGGAAGAAGUCUUUGAUCUUCGGUUGUGAAGGGUUUACAGUGUACAACUCCAAUGGAAAUCUUGCAUUUCGAGUAGACAACUAUUUCGUGAAAGGAAACCGGGAGAUUGUUCUCAUGGAUGCGUUAGGCUGCAGUCUCCACACUGUUAGGCACAAGAGCCUAGCAGACAAUUUUCUUGUGUAUGAUGGUGAAAGUGUAAAUUCCCGAUUUUCAGUGACCAAACAUGUGAAUGUCUUAAACACCAAGUCACUAGCAUAUGUGAGCACAGUAGGAUCAUCAAAGAACAGGAACAAAAUACAUGUGAUCUAUGAGAUCCAAGGAUCAUAUGCUCAAAAGUUCUGCAUGGUGUAUGAUGACAACCACCGGUGUGUUGCUGAAAUUAGGAGGAAAGAAGCCAAAGGAGGGGUGGCACUUGGGGGAGAUGUUUUUGCUUUGGUGGUACAACCAUCUAUCGAUCCUGCCAUUGCUAUGGUCCUCGUCAUUGUCCUCGAUCAAAUGUUUGAUUCUUCUAGGCGCCUCUCUAAAUAG